GUGUGGGGCAACGGGUAAAAGGUAAAAGGCAGCAGGCGAGGAAAAGGAGGACGGGGAGGACGGAAAGGCUAGCCGCCGUCCUGUGCGAUCCUCCCAAGCGGACACGACCAGAUCGUGGGGGAGGUGGGUGCUCGCCCUCGCCGCGGGGUGCCUUGGCCUGCCCUGGCGUGCUUCCGCUUCCCCUCGCUCGCUCGCUCGCUUCCCCAACCGCCAGUGCCAAAUCCUCUUCCCGAUUCUCCUUCCCGAGAAAACACUCCGCAGCCCAAGCAAUCAGAGCUCGGCCCCUGGCCGCCAUGGCCGCCGCUGCAGAGCUCAGCACCCACGCCGUCGGCGGCGCCACGGGCCCGUCUCUGGGCCUGAUGGUGUAGGGGCCAGGGGAAGGGGGGAGAGGGGAAGUGAGGGAGGAGAGGAGAGGGGGAGGGAGAAAUGGGGGCGAUCGGAGGUGACGCGCCGGUGCAAUGGGACAAGGUGGACGGGGCCGAGGUGGCCAAUGGUGGCGGCGGUGCGGCAAGGCUGGAGAAGAUACUGGUCUCGGUGAGGCUCAGGCCGCUGAGCGACAAGGAGACUGCAAAGGGGGACCAGGCAGAGUGGGAGUGCAUCAACGACACUACCAUCAUCUCCCGGAGCACAUUCCCAGACCGGCCGACUGCUCCGACUGCAUAUUCAUUUGAUAGGGUAUUCCGUUCUGACUGCAAUACCAAAGAAGUAUACGAGGAAGGGGCCAAGGCAGUCGCCCUCUCUGUAGUUAGUGGUAUUAACUCAAGUGUGUUUGCGUAUGGUCAAACAAGUAGUGGAAAGACAUACACCAUGACUGGAAUAACGGAACAUACAGCUGCAGAUAUAUAUGAUUACAUUGCCAAGCAUGAGGAGAGAGCAUUUGUAUUGAAAUUUUCAGCAAUUGAAAUAUAUAAUGAAGUUGUAAGGGAUCUUCUUACUGCUGAAAGCACAUCUCUUAGGCUUUGGGACGAUGCGGAGAAGGGAACAUAUGUAGAAAACCUUACUGAGGUUAUCUUGAGGGACUCACACCACCUUAAAGAACUUAUUUCUGUGUGUGAAGCUCAAAGGAGAACUGGGGAGACAUACUUAAACGAAAACAGCUCCAGAUCACAUCAAAUACUUAAGCUGACUAUUGAAAGUUCUGCUCGCGAGUUUGUGGGUAAGGACAAGUCAACUACACUUGUUGCUAGUGUGAACUUUGUUGAUUUAGCUGGAAGUGAACGUGCAUCUCAGGCAUUAUCAGCUGGUACUAGGCUGAAGGAAGGUUGUCAUAUUAAUAGAAGUCUACUUACCCUGGGAACUGUCAUACGGAAACUAAGCAAGGUAAGAAAUGGGCACAUACCUUACCGAGAUUCAAAGCUCACACGCAUAUUACAGCCUUCUCUGGGAGGCAAUGCAAGAACAGCAAUUAUUUGUACAAUGAGCCCAGCUCGAAGCCAUAUGGAACAGUCAAGAAAUACUCUGUUGUUUGCAAGUUGUGCAAAGGAAGUGGUCACAAAUGCCCAGGUCAAUGUGGUUAUGUCUGAUAAAGCACUAGUUAAGCAAUUGCAAAGAGAACUUGCAAGGUUGGAGAGUGAAUUGCGAUGCCCAGCUUCAUAUUCCGGCCUUGAAACAUUGGUGAAGGAAAAGGACAACCAAAUUCGAAAGAUGGAGAAAGAAAUUAAGGAAUUGAAGUUACAACGUGAUCUUGCUCAAUCAAGACUGCAAGAUUUGCUCCAGGUUGUUGGAGAUAACCAUGGUUCGAAGCACCCUGUGGCUUCUGGAAGAAACUUUACUUUCGAUGUUCCUCAGCCAUGUGAGGAUGAGCAAUCAACAGCAUCAGAAGUUGUCAGCAGUGCCCAAAAUGUUAGGUUUCAAGGACGACAGAUAGCACAAAGGGAUCAUAGGUCGCAGCAAUCUGAAAAUAAUGCGCAGUUACCUCUUGGCUAUUCAGUCUGCAGUCCUCCAUUCAGUGGGAUGCCCCCAACUAAUGGCAGAGAUGAUCGCUCUCAAGUAUCAAAUGAAGAUUCAGAGGAUCUUUGCAAAGAAGUCAGGUGUAUAGAGACAAAUGAAACAGAAGAAAAUGAAUGUUUAGAGUCGUCGGCUAUGGGAAGCAAUAGUCUGCAAGAUUCGAAUGUGGGUUCUAGUAUGCAUGGGAAUAAUGAUCCAAAUCCAUCUGUGAAUUCUAGACAGCAUGAUGUAUCUCCUGUUACCCUAGAACAACAUUUGGAGAAUGUCAAAAAACCAUUUGCCGCUCUUGUCAUGGAUCUGGGAUCCUCUACACGUAACUCGUCAAGCUCAAAAGUAAUUGGCAGAAGUAGGAGCUGUAGGUCUUUGAUGGGUUCUACUCUGUUCGAAGACUUGGAGAAGGAAGAUUGCACCCCUCCAAGCAGAAGUUUCAUGGACCACCCAGGGAGACCUGAAGGGUGUCAAAGAAGGGUAUCUGCACUAAACUACGACGAAGAGAGUGAAAUUUUAUCAAGGGCAGGGUCAAUGCUUUCUGAAAUUACCACUGCAAGGGAUGGACUCAAGGCAAACGGCUCUGUUGCUGGUGACACAGAAUUUGCUGGCAUAGGUGAAUUUGUGGCGGAGCUAAAAGAAAUGGCCCAGGUUCAGUAUCAGAAGCAACGUGGUGAUCAGGGUGAGAAUGGAGAAUUAGCAGAAGGGACCAUAAGGAGUGUGGGACUAGAUCCGAUAAUGGACGCUUUGCAAUCACCCUCACGCUGGCCGUUGGAAUUUGAGAAGAAACAGCAAGAGAUCAUUGACCUGUGGCAUGGAUGCAACGUUUCCUUGGUCCACAGGACUUACUUCUUCUUGCUGUUUAAAGGGGACCCAGCCGACGCGAUCUACAUGGAAGUAGAGCUUAGGAGGCUAUCAUUCCUCAAAGAUACAUACUCUAAUGGAAGCAUGGGACGUAAUGUGGUAGCAGCCGGCCUGAACACUUCUCUGGUUUCAAGCGCAAAGAAGCUGCAACGGGAGAGGGAGAUGCUCUGCCGGCAGAUGCAGAAGCGGCUGACGAUCCCGGAACGGGAGAGCAUGUACACCAAGUGGGGGGUCUCGCUGUCCUCCAAGAGGAGACGGCUGCAGGUGGCUCGUCGCCUUUGGACCGAGACCAAGGACCUGGAGCAUGUCAGGGAGAGCGCGUCCCUCGUCGCCAGGCUGAUCGGGCUCCUGGAGCCCGGGAAGGCCCUGAGGGAGAUGUUUGGACUCAGCUUCGCGCCGCAGCAGUUCACCCGGAGAUCGCACAAUAGCUGGCGAUAUGGCCGUUCUGCUCUGGACUGAUCGAACUGCUGACAAAAAAGAUGUUCCUUUUUUCCUUUUGUGUACUGGAUUGGUGUUGCCCUCUUGGAAAUAGGAAUUCGUGGACUUUUUUUUUGUGA